CAUAUUAUUUAAUUUCAUUAUGUUAGUGUAAGUAGUAUUUAAAAUUCAAGACAUUAUGACGACAAAUAAUGAUCAAUAUUCCUGUCCGCAUAUAUGUCCAACCGAGAGAGGGCAUGAGAAAGAAACAAAGCAACAAGAAACGGCGGCUCUUACCAAAACUGAGAAUGUUCAUGCCACACCGUAUGUACCAGGUAUGAUUAAUCCACCAACACCAAUACUGUACCCUCCUGGUGCUCCGCCGAAGUAUCUUCCCCAACCUACAGACAGUACUAGUGGAGAUAUCCUAGGAAUGGGCCCCAUUGGGCCUUGGGCAUCAGGUCACUUAGAUUGGUCGCCACAAGCUGGCAUGACAGGCGUUAGACCUGUUGUUGACAAAUAUUCAAUAACCCGAUAUUCUACUGGAGAAUGGAGGAAGAACAAUAAGUUUACACUGACUCCACGAGCGACCGAUAAGGCGAAAGAUUUAGAAGUUCAAACUAAGAAAGAUAUUGCAAAUACUUUUAUUAAUAUGGAUAAAAAACACAACGAUUCUAAUAAGACGCUGAACAGUAGAAUAAAAGACUUGUCAUAUUGGAAAGAACAGGUUCAGUUAGCAGUGGAAGGAAUAACUGAGGAGCUCAGAAAUCUAGAUGAAAAUAGAGAGCGAUUAAAAGGGGCUUGUAGAAUAUUAAUGUUGCCUGAAGCUAUAUCUAGAGAAUGCUUGGAGCUACGCACGGGUAGAUAUGAACCCGACUUAGUUAGAGACGAUGCAGAGCAGGAGUUGAUUAAAGAAGUAGCUAUAGUGGGAGAAAUAAGACGAGUAUUUACUGAUACUUUAGCAAAAGCCGAAGCGCAAAUUGAAAUGAAUAAAGCGGCAAAAACUGCUAUAGAAUUUGACUGGAGCGACAAGCUUAUAUCAUUAAAGCUUGACAAACUAAAUUCAACGUUGACUCCACAGUCUAAUUUAAUAUUAGCCCACCCUGGUGUCACCAGGUGGCCAGAGAAUGCCACCUCGAUAGAAUAUUGGAACCAUUAUUGUUCAGAAAGCAUCAGAAAUUGUGAAGAAGUAAGGAAGAGAUCUGAGAGACUUCGUCGAGAUUUAAUGACAACCAUUAUUAAAGGAAGUCAAGAUAUGAAAACACAAGCAGAUAGAACAAAUGCUGCACUUGCUGAAACGAUAGACGCGACAGAACAAAUGUGCGAAAAACUGGAAGAUAAUUUAAAAGAAAAUUUACAGAAAACAGCUGACAUAGAAAAUCUUAUAGAUCACCUUAAAGAGUCGUUAAGGAACAUACAAGAUAGGAAUAAAUGUGUUAUGACCAGACUGCAUGGUCGUAACUAUGACCGACCAAAUGUUGAGAAUUGUCGGGAUGAGGCCCAGUAUGCUUUAAUGGCAGAAGCCAAAUUUAUAAAGGAAUCAUCAGAGUCCCUGCAACAUAAGUUGAGACAAGCGGAAGUUGUCAGGUCAGAACUGAUGAAGUAUCGAGGUGAAUUGGAAAAGGACAUCGCAUGUAAACGCAAAAGUCUCAAUAUAGACAAAGACAGGUGUGCCAGAGUUCGCGCUCACAUGCCAUCUCCUGAAGAAUUCGCAGCAGGAUAAAUGUAUACACGUACUACUU